AUGAGUGGGCAAGCUUCAGUGCAAAAGCAAAAAAAAACAAAUCACAGUUGGAUUAUUCACUUCAACUUUUUGGCUUUUGAGAGUCUGCAUACAAAAAUCCUAAUAAAUCUCAACUGCGUUCAAACUACAGCAAAAAUGGCUAGAAAGAAGCAACUGAGUAAAGAAACAAAAGUACAGAUUUGUACAUUGAAGAAAGAAGGAAACACAGAAGGAGAAAUUGCAAAACACCUAAAGGUGUUUAACAAAGGAGUCCACUACACUGUGAAGAGAAUAGAGGAACCUGGAAGUUAUGAUGAUAGAAAAAGACAUGGACGAAAGAGAGUUACUACAAAAGCAGAGGAUAAACGUAGCAUUGUCAUCAGUAAAAGAGAUCGGUGA